UCAACCCUUGUGCUCUCAAUCUCAAGUCUCCGCCGCUUAGAUAGUUAGAUUCUGUAGUCAUCUCUCUCAAGUCUCUCCCUCUCUCCCUCUCUCUCUCUCUCGAGAUCUGAUAAUAGAUCGUCACUUGGCGACUUUCUUUUUAAUCUCAGAGGCACAAACACGGAAGCAACGGAGACGGGAAAUCAACCAUCGUAAGAAAACGGGAGAGUAAGGGUCGACAAGGAUAAGGUUUUGUGGGGGUUCUGAUCCUGUCUUUUUGAAUGGAAGCUAAAAUGACGUCAGUGGUCCGGAGAAUGGCUGCUUUUGCAUUGGUUUCUGCUUCAGGUUUGCUUCAGACUCAUCCCCUCCCCUGGGGAGAGGUACUCUGAACAAUUUCUUGCAUUGUUCCUCUCUCUCAAGCUGUCGGAGAUCGUCUUUUUCCGGUGUUAGAGACCGUAGUAUGUCAUACAGAGACAGAUUGAGAUGUGGGUUUCAUGAUUGUCAUGUUGAGGAUGCUGAUGAUUUGUUCGAUCUGAUGGUUCAGUCUCGUCCCUUACCUUCCAUCGUUGAUUUCACUAAACUAUUGAGUGCAAUCAUGAAAAUGAAACGGUAUGAUGUUGUCAUUUCCCUCUGCAAGAAAAUGGAAUUGCUUGGGGUUUCACAUAAUAUCUACUCUUUGAGUGUUUUGAUCAACUGUUUCUGCCACUCUCGUCAAGUGUUUUUGGGCUUAUUUGUCGUGGGAAAAAUCUUGAAACUCGGUUACAAGCCUGAUGCAGUCACCUACACUACUCUAGCUCAUGGUUUAUGUAUCCACGGCAAGAUAAAUGGUUACUGCAUGGCUAAUAGAGUCAAUGAAGGUAUUAAUCUCCUUUAUGAGAUGUCUCGAAGAGGAUUGGUUGCUGAUGCAAUUAAUUACAACAUCCUCAUCCAAGGGUUUUAUCGAGUAGGCAACCUUGAUCUUGCUCAAAAGUUUUUCAUGGAGAUGCAGUAUAAGGGUCAUCAUCCUAAUCUUGUGACUGAAAGCAUUUUGCUUGAUGGACUUUGUAAGAAUGGAAAAACGGACGAGGCACUUAGCCUAUAUAAUAAGUUGGAUAAGAGUGGGAUAGACCUCCAUAUAUCUCUCCAUAGUACCAUGAUGCAUGGUUUGUGCAAGGCUGAGAAGGUUGACGAAGAGUUGAUAUUAUUUAAUAAGCUUCUUGACAAAGGGGUGAAGCCAAAUGUUAUCAUGUAUAACGUAAUGAUCUUUGGGCUUUGCGGGAAAGACUCACUCUAUGAAGUCGAGAAGGUAAUUGGGAAGAUGAAAGAGGCUGGUUGUUUUCUCGACGAUGGUACAUAUAACGCAUUGAUCAGGGGUCGUCUUAGAAGUCGCUUUCCGUCGAUGGUUAUCGAGCUGAUAUGAGAAAUGCGGAGCAAUGGCUUUUCUAUGCAUGCAUCGACCUCAAAUAUGAUAAUGGAUAUGGUAUAUAAAGGUAGAUUGGAAAAGGGGUUUUUGGAUCUCCUCUCUUAGUAGAUGUAAGUACUAAACGGCUUAUGAGAAGAGCCAGAAACUUCAAGCUAUCCAGCAUCGCAUGGUUGUUUGUUUGAUGAGAAGAACCAGAAGCUUCAAGCUAUCCAGUUUCAGCAGUGGCAAUCCCACCGGAAAACGUGGGUUGACUGACACGGGCCCUGAAACAUUUUUGACAUCUGUAGAGAGAGUGUCUCAAGCCCUGAAACCGAACCUGGACGACACGGUGGUAAGAGAAUUCGAGACACAGCCUCGCUUCAUUUGACAUCUGCAGUUUCUAAUCCACUUUGUUGUAAAAUAUGUCAAAAUCAAAAUGUCUCUUUCAAAAGCAAAAACCAAGAGAAUCGAAACAGAGGAAGAAUGUUUGGGUUUCAAUGUAUUUGAUAAGUAUCCCACAUUGGAAAAUGAGAGGGAUUUAGGCCAAUAUAUAAGUAAGGGUCAAACCUCCGCUCUUAAGCUAGCUUUUGUGGUGGAGUUAGGGCCUAAACCUUAUUAAUUGGUAUCAGAGCCUAACUCUCUACUUUCCGGUGGGUCUUUGACGGGCCGUUCUCCUGCGGACAUGCGGUCGACUCGGUGGUUGUGGGACGGUCGGGAGAGGAACGGUAGGGAGAGGAACGAUCAGGAGAGGAACGGUCGGGGAUGGACCGAGAAGCCGCCAGUGAUCGAGAAGCCGCCAUCGACCAAGAAGCCGCCAGCGACCAGAUUUGCCCCAGCGCCGUGGACGUCGCUGUCUAAAGGGGGCGGUGUUGAUAAGUAUCCCACAUUGGAAAAUGGGAGGGAUUUGGGCCAAUAUAUAAGUAAUGGUCAAACCUCUACUUUUAAGCUAGCUUUUGUGGUGGAGUUAGGGCCUAAACCUUA